AUGAUUGAGAGGAACAACGAUGCGACGAGGGAAGGCAGACGAAAAGAAAGCGGAGCAGGAGCGGCUUCAAAAUAUCCUUUUGGACAUGCUCAAGGAAGACGAGAACAAAUACUGCGCCGAUUGUCAAGCAAAGACUCCCAGAUGGGCAGCAUGGAACUUGGGAGUGUUCAUUUGUAUUCGUUGUGCUGGAAUUCAUCGAAAUCUCUGGUGUACACAUCUCUAAGGUAUAUGAACACUCUUUGCCUGACCAUUUCCGUCGUUCUAUGGCCGACCAUCAAAUGGAACAAUUUAUUCGUGCAAAAUAUGAACAGAAAAGGUCUCGUUUUGUUUACUGCUUGGUAUAUGCUGAAUGGUUUUGUUUAUCCUCGAAUAGAUGUGAAUGAUUUACCGAAACCGGGUCAACCAAGCACUAAAAAGAAAGCUUCAAAUGCUGCACUUACAUCGGUAUGCAAGCUUCUCGCUUUUUCAUCUUGA